UUUCCUUCUAUAAAUCAAUCAGCUUCCCACCCCAUUCUACCACACCCAUAUCUCUCUCUCUCUCAAACGCCAUAGUCUCCGAACCAGUUUUAGAGAUGAAUGGACCAAACGUUCUUGAGGACGUCGGGGUGGAAUUGGCAAGGACGAAAGCCGAGAAUAGACGCAUGGCGAGGUGGCUAAGGGCAAAGAAACUCUCAGUUAGACGGAAGAAGAAAGAAUUGCGGAGGAUAAAGAGAGUGAAGCAGCUACUUAUUGCGGCGAAUAAACGCAUGCAAGAAUUGGUCGACGAUUUUCUGUUUACGGCUGAAGCAGAUAACAAUCAUGUUCGCCAGAUGAAUGAAGCUAUCCAAGGAAUGAAUGAUCUCAGCCUCGAUGGAAACUAUAAUAUUACUACUGUGAACCAAGUUCAACCUUGCUGUAACAGUGGCAGCACCACUGAUGGCGACAACAACAGUUAUUAUCCUGGGGGAGGAGGCGGAAACAGCAGAGGUCAUGGCGGUGGCCACGAUGGUGGACGCCAUGAGUAGGGUGAUGUUGGAGCCCGUUUAACUGUGACUGCCUCUCUAGUGGCAGUAAAUAAUGUUGCAGGUCUUAAGGUCAGAGUUCGAACAAUUUGUUGUGUUUGAGUCAAACGGUAGCUGCUGGCUAGUGUUACUGCUUUCUUUUUUUGGUGAAUCUGUCUGUUUGAGUUCUUGGACUGAUGUUUUACUGGUAUAGUUUAACCAGUUGCAAUCAUCAGUCAAAAGUGUUAUUAAUUUUAAGAAAUCUUCCAUAAGUAACUUGUUAAUCA